CCUACACAAUUCCUUCAACUUCCCCAGGCUUCCUCCGUAAAGCAGCGUUCUGCCAGCGCCUGGCGGCCACCAGGCAAGUCAGCCCCAACAACCCCAACCCGGACUGGCAGCGCUGCUACUACCUCAUGCUGCACAGCUUCCCCGGACACCGGCUCAGCCUCGACCCCAACUAUGUCAUACAGCAUCAAGUCGGUUGGCCAGCCCUCCAAAUCCAACUCCUCCAAGAAUUAGUAGUAGCGGCGCGACGUAUGGGCCACGGCGCGCUGGCGACCCGCCACAUGACGUUCCUGCUGCACGCCAUGUGGCCGCACCUGGCCCGCGCCGAGCAGCGCGACCUGGCCAUACAGCUGCAGGUAUUGUUAGUUCCUCUGCUGUAUACUAGAUGGCGGUAUAAAUAGUCAUCUACGCUGCUA